AUGGCACCUUCAGAUUUCUUGGCGGUGAGCAACAGCAGUGGUUUUAACGUUGAUCACAUCGCCGUGGAGAGCUUGGCGACCGAUGUGGCAGCCGCGAAUGCCUGGUCUUUCGACUGGCACCUGACCAAGAACCCAUGGGAGGGACUCACUUCGUCUUUCUUCAUGAUCCUGGCGACCGAACUUGGGGACGAGACCUUCAUCAUUGCUGCCGUCAUGUCCAUGAGACACCCGAAAUUCACGGUCCUUUGCGGGGCGCUUGGAGCGCUCUACUUGAUGACAGUCCUCUCGGCUUUUUUGGGCGUCGUACUACCGAAUCUGAUCUCGCAGGAGCGGGUGACUCAAUGCGCAACUGUAUUGUACACCUUCUUCGGCCUCCGUCUGAUGUGGGUCGGCGCACGCGGCGAAGACGACAAGGAUGAAGAGUUUGAGGAGGUCGAGAAUACCUUGAAGGACUCGGCGUCCAAGGGCCAGAAGUCCUGGCUCCGCCGCAUGUUUUCCCAGUUUUGCACGCCGGUCUUCCUGGAGGCGCUCAUGCUGACAUUCCUUGCGGAGUGGGGUGACAGAUCCCAGAUCGCAACCAUCUCUCUCGCGGCACAUCAGAACCCGAUUGCCGUCAUUGUGGGUGCCAUGGUGGGGCACACGAUCUGCACUGGUCUGGCAGUGUUUGGAGGCGAAUUUCUUGGCAAGCGCAUCCCACAGCGUUAUGUGGCCUUCGGCGGAGGGUGCCUGUUCAUCGUCUUCGCCCUGCUGAAUCUCAUGGGGGUGCUGCAGUAG